GUUAUUUUGGCCGUGUAGUGAUUCCCCGACAUACAAUCUCACUAUUGAGUUGCGUUAGUGCAUACUGGUUGGUGAGAAAACAAGACCAGUGGCUGAACCAUGUCAGACAUGUCAGAUGAUGAUGACGUGAUCGUCAUUCCGUCGGCGAGCACCAAAACUGUACACUAUGGCUCACUGGAGGAGACAGAGCGGGCGCGGUUGGCCAAGGUGGCCGAGGCCGGCGGCGAAGGCUCGCCCAAGCCUGGCGGUCCUAACAUCAACACGUCAACAGACUACAUGGAGCUGGAGGAGCGGGAGAUGCACUCGGACAAGCAGGCGCUGCUGGACGAGUUCGAGCGGCGCAAGCGCGCGCGCCAGAUCCACGUGUCCACCGACGACGGCGAGGUGAAGCGACGUCUGCGCGAGCGCGAGCAGCCCAUCUGCCUGUUCGGCGAGGGACCGGCAGAUCGGCGCAACCGCCUGCGGGACCUGCUCUCCAGGGGUGAGGAGGAGGCGCCGUCGGACCAGAGGCCGGCCGAGGGGCCGUCAGCGCCCGCUCAGACGCCGCGCACUGACACCUGGUACCACGAGGGCCCACCGGAGCUGCGGGAGGCGCGCUACUGGAUCGCAGACUACUCGAUGCCGCGCGCCAAGCAGCGGCUGGCGGCCGCCCGCCAGAAGCUGCAGACGCCCGAGGCGACGCGCAACGCCGAGCGGCAGCAGCUGCAGAAGCGGCUGCGCGCGCUCAGUCUGCACGCCAGCCAGGUGGGCGACACGCGGCCCGUCUCGCACUGCAGCUUCGCGCCCGGCGGCCGGCUGCUGGCCACCGCCAGCUGGUCGGGCCUCUGCAAGCUGUGGACGGUGCCCGACUGCCAGCCGGUGCGCACGCUGCGCGGCCACACGUGCAACGUGGGCGCCGUGGCGUUCCACCCGCGCGCCACCGUCGACCUGGAGCCGGGCGACGUGAACCUGGCCUCGUGUGGCCACGAUGGCAGCGUCAAGCUCUGGAGUUUGGACAGUGACGAGCCGCUGGCCGACAUCGAGGGUCACGCGCCGUACCGGGUCUCCAACCUCAAGUACCACCCGUCGGGUCGUUUCGUGGCCACCUGCUGCCACGACCACUCGUGGCGGCUCUGGGACCUGGAGCAGCUGACCGAGGUGCUCCACCAGGAGGGCCACAGCGGCGCCGUGUACGACGUCGACUUCCACACCGACGGCAGCCUGGUGGCCACCGGCGGCCUGGACGCGUACGCCCGGCUCUGGGACCUGCGCACCGGCUCUUGCAUUAUGUUCAUGGAGGGACAUCUCAAGGGCGUGCUGGCCAUCAAGUUCAACCCCAACGGCUACAUCGUGGCCACGGGCAGCAGCGACAACACAUGCAAGGUGUGGGACCUGCGGCGGCGCGAGUGCGUGUACACCAUCCCGGCACACACCAACCUGGUGUCGAGCCUCGCCUUCGAGCCGGACCAGGGCAGCUUCCUGGUCACUGCUUCCUACGACAAUACGGCCAAGAUCUGGUCUUCGGACACGUGGCAGCCCCUGCACACGCUCAAGGGCCACGACGGCAAGAUCAUGGGCGUGGACGUGACGCCGGACGGCCGGUGCGUGGCCACCUCCUCCUACGACCGCACCUUUAAACUCUGGAUGCCCGAGUGACACGCGACUGCGAGUGAUAAUUGCAGU